GGAUCCUUCAGACAACGGGUGAAGAAAUUUGUCGGAAAUCUGAAAACUCAGGAACGGAGGGACAGUCGAGAGGACGAAAACGGAACAAAGGAGAAGCCCAGUGUAAGUGUAACGGAGCACUAUUCUAUCAUCAUCAUUUACACGAAAAAAUGGACUUUUCAGAACAAAGGACGACCGACGGAGGAGCAAAAAGCGCCUUUGAAGCAUUGCUUAAGAGAGAUUUUCGAUCAGAACCCGACCAAGAAUCGGUACAAAGACGUCACAUGUAAUGAUCUGACCCGGGUGAUCAUCAAAGAUGGUAAAGGCUCCGAUUAUAUUCAUGCUAACUACGUGAGAGGGCAGUGCCUCGUCAACACUUUCAUCUGCACACAGAGGUGCCCAUCAUGUCAACAAUUGCUGAUUUCUGGCGCAUGA